GAAAGAAAAAGAAGUCAUUUGAUUUCAAGAAUGGAGAGUGUGUUCAGUGAACAAGCCUGGUCCCGCCAACCCAAUGGUAUAUGGGUUUUUUGGAGUGAACGUGAUGAUGUAGAGCAGCUUCAGAAUCACUUCUCCUUCACUGCAGAUGUUGUUACUAAACGCAUGGCAAUCAAGGAAAGAGUUAAGAUUGCACUACAACAUGUAGAGAAAUUAUCCUGCAAUUAUCUUAUUCAAUACUGGGCUAGUAUUGUAAUUGAUGGCCAAACUUUCCUAACAACUUCAGAUCAGCCUUUUGGUCUUACCAGACUUGAAUACGGACUAUGUUCGUACAGGAAGAAGUGCCUGAGCCAUGCAAUUCCUGUUGAGCUGAAGAAUGGUACCCAAUGUGAAAAUGACUUUGGUCCCCCCGGGCGUGUGUUCAAACAUAGGUUGCCUGAACUGUGUACAGACGUGAAGAAUUACAGCCAACAAGAGUUCCCUUUACGGGAUGAUGCUGUAGCCUGGGGCAUACAAUGGUGCUAUACUGUCCCUGUCUUUGAUUCAUCUCGAGACACCUUUGUCGGGGUCCUUGAGUUGGUCACCAGUCACCAAACAAACAAAUGGAUAUUUCAAAACUCUGUCUUGCCCAUUUUCAAGAUGCUCCAGGUGGUGGAUUUGAAAUCUCCGGAUUCAUAUUGUCCGCUUAAUUUGAAAGUUUUGGAUGACCGGCAAUGUGCUCUUGGUGGAUUAUACAAGGCAAUCGAAGUGGUAUGUCAAAAACAUCAAUUUCUCUUUGCUCAGAUUUGGGUCAGUGUUGCUGAUUCAUGGUGCACGGGAAAAGCUAUCACUGUUAGACAACGACACAUUGCAAUCAAUGAUAACCAAAACUUAAGUUUAUUCAAAUAUGCAAGUGGUCUUCAGUACAUAUUAGAAGGAUACGGUGUUGUAGGCAGGGCUUUCUCAUCAAAAUCUUCAUGCUUUUGCCGAGAUGUAACACAGUUGAGCAUAAUAGAAUACCCCUUGGUAACUUGUGCUCGCGAAGCUGGUUUAACUGGUUGUUUUGCAAUCUGUUUAAGUGCUCUGGGUAAUGAUGAUAAUAUUUACAUACUAGAGUUCUUCUUGCCCCCAAAUGAGCUUCUGCAUAGGAAUCUACAAGACUUCGUGAAGUUGGUUUUGGACACGGUGAAACAACAGUUGCACCGCUUUAAGGUUGCAGUUGGACAUGAUUUUGGAGAGAAGUUACCUGUUGAAGUCAUCAAGAUUUCUUCUGACGAUGAACUUGAUUCUUUUGAUAUCUGUCAAACUACUAAAGAACUGCAUAAUGUUGAGCCAUUGCCAAAUGGAGGAGAGUUGAUGUUGCUUGACACACCAAAUCAGCAGUCUUUUUCUUCCGAAACAAAUCAGCAACUGAGUUUGGAUAUUGAUGAGAUAAAUGCUGCAAGGGAUAGCAUAGCUGUAAGUGAAGAACUGUGCAAUUCCGCUGGAUCUUCAACUAGCGCUGAAACCUCACAAAACAAAGAAAGAAAACUGCAGCUGGAAUUAUCAACACGACAGGCAAAGCAGGGAGCAAAUGCUGUGAACAAAAGAAAAAACGGUAAACGGACAUUAACCUCUGAGUCAGAGAUUCAGAAAGAAAGAGAGAGGAUAGAACGAGAUCAUAACAUCAACCUCAAAAAAAUUGAAGACCGCUCGUCAAUGACUCAAGAUGCUGCUGCCGAUGAUUUGGGAGUUGGCAAAUCAACACUGAAGCGUAUAUGUAGAUUAUACGGUAUAACUAGAUGGCCACCCAAGAAUAAGGAGAAGAAAAGAAAAUGCUCCCACUCUCGUAAAAUGAAAUCAAUCCUCCCUGCUGAGGAAGAUGUCAAUGCUAGUACAAAAUUCCAGCAAUCUUCUGAUUCUCCUAACAAGGAAGACACAAUUAAUGGAGCUAAAGUUGGAGCACAUGUUACAGAAAUCCGAGAUGGUACAGCUGUGAUUACAAAGGUGAAAUCUGGAGAUAGGCUGCUAAAAUUGCAGCUAACUCUUUCUUCUAUGAUGAAGGAUUUAGAAGAGGAAGUGGCAAAGAGGGUCGAGUCAUCGAUUGAAAGUUUUGAUUUCACGUAUGUAGAUAAAGAGGGUGAUACGAUAUUGAUAAAAUGUGAUGAGGAUUUGACGGAAUGUUUUCUACAUUGUAGAUCUUCAGAAAACGCGACUGUUAAGAUGUUCAUCACCCCAAAGUCUUAAAUUAUGCAAGUCUUUCUUUCUUUCUUUCUUUCUAGUAUAUGUAGUUGGUUAGCCUUUGAAUCCUUUUCUCUCCAAAUGAGGUUGGUAGUUCUUUUGUUGAUGAUAUAUGUCAGUUCACAUACAGAUGAGCACAAACCUUAUUUUACAGCUGGAAGAGGUAUACUUCAGUCCUAGUGGAAGUAUAAUGUCAAAGUAAUCUUCCAAAUUUCUACAGA